AUGGUGGCUAAAGUCGAGUUGAGCAAGAACUUGAAGGUAUGAUUUUCAAAAAUUGGCGCUGUAUGGUACAAUAAGAUUUUUGUAGUAUGUUAUGAUUGGAUUGGGUGCGCUGGUGCUUAUGAGUUGGUUAUUGUUGGUGGUGCAGUGUAUUAGGUGAGGAUUUCUGUAGUUUUAUGGCUUUUAACAAAAAUAACUUGAAUUUCGGAACAAUAAUCAGAAAAAUAUGGAUUUUCCGGCUUUUCCACAGUCUUGAGAGUCAGAUGAUCAAAAUCUGAACGCAAUCUGUUUUUUUUCAGAGAAGGAUCUCUGAUAAGCGACAUCAGAAAAGAAAUGAAAGACAUUAAAGAGGAUAGUAACGACUUCGAAAAUAAUACAAUGGUGCCAUCAGUAUUUGCCCCAUUUAUUGUCGCAAUAGCCUGCCUACUUUUUGCAUUUGUCUCAAUAUAUUUCAUUCUUUUUCCCAUUGCUAUUUUUUCUCCAAUCAGUAUCGGAUUAUCAAUUUGGUCCAUGGCAAAAGUUAUCAAAGAUUUAGACCAGACUAAAAAAGCAACUGAAGAUCUUAAAAAAGUUUUGGAUGUUCUGAAAGAUAUGAACAGACAAUUUGCAGCAAUAAAACAUAGAUUAUCAGAGUUGAAUGAUAUUAUUAGAGAAGUCAAAGAAUAUCUUGAUCAACAUCGAAUUGAUACUACAGAGCUGAAAACAGCAGAGUUAGCCGAAUUAUUACCUAAACUCGAUGGAUUAGAAAAAUUUAUUAAGCUUGUAGAAGACAUUCCACCCAUUUAUAAUUUCAAUCUAGUCGUUUUGGGAUUUAAUAUUUUUUUGUGUAUUGUCACACUUUUAUUUGCCGUAUUUCUCAUUUUGUGAGUUUACAAAUGUUCAGCAAGAACACUUUCUCAUCUUGUUUUUUCAGCAAGUACAAACGUGGUAAUGUUGGAAAUAAUAACAAUAACAAUAAUAAUAAUAAUAAUAAUGGUGGCAAUAAUUUCAACGGCGGAAAUAAUGGUAAUCUCGGAAAUAAUGGUAAUGGCGGAAACAAUUUUAAUGGCGGAAAUCAUUAUAAUGGGGAUACGAAAUCGCCUGGAACAAAAGGUGGAACUGGCAAAACAGAUUCGCACAGACACUAUAAAUGA